UGGCCAGCUUUCUCCUAGCAGUGAUUGUUCGUUAGCUAGCUAGGCAGUUGCAACAAAUACACGUCUUUGUACACUGUAAACACGAAGAAAUGGGGAAGAAACACAAGAAGCAUAAACCGGAGUGGAGGACAGUUGAUGACUAUGAGGACAAGCCUCUGGAGAAGCCUCUGAAGCUUGUGCUCAAAGUUGGUGGGAGCGAGGUUACAGAGCUCUCUGGCUCGGGCCACGACUCCAGCUACUAUGAUGACAGAUCAGACCACGAGCGAGAGCGCCACAAAGAGAAAAAGAAAAAGAAGAAGAAGAAGUCUGAAAAGGAUAAAGACAAGCAUGUGGACGAUGAGGAGAGGAGACGACGGAAGGAAGAAAAGAGGAAGAAGAGAGAGCGAGAGCAGAAUGAAUCCGAGGCAGCAGCUGCCACGGCUGCCAGUGCCGGUGUGGCAGUCGAACCUUUCACACUGCCAAAGAGUAUUAGUAUCGCAAUAGAGCCAGAGGAGAAGAAAAGGAAGAAAGAGAGGUUUGAGAUGGAGUCUGAGGUGGAAGAGUUUCAUCCCAAUGUAAAAGUGGAAGUGGAGCAGCAAGGAGACCGGCCAGUCCGUGCAUGCCGGACACAGCAAGAGAAUGAGUCCACUCCUCGUCAGCAACUCCUGGAGCACUUCCUGCGCCAGCUCCAGAGGAAAGACCCGCAUGGAUUCUUCUCAUUUCCAGUGACAGAUGCGAUUGCUCCCGGAUACUCCAUGAUCAUCAAACAUCCAAUGGACUUCAGCACCAUGAAGGACAAGAUUACAACCAAUGAGUACAAGACCAUUACAGAAUUCAAGGCAGACUUUAAGCUGAUGUGUGACAACGCCAUGGUCUACAACCGACCGGAGACUGUUUAUUACAAGGCUGCAAAAAAGCUGCUCCAUACAGGCUUCAAGAUGAUGAGCAAAGAGCGGCUGUUGGCUCUGAAGCGCAGCAUGUCUUUCAUGCAGGACAUGGAUUUCACCCAGCAGGCAGCCAUUUUGGGAGAUGAAGAUGUUACAGCCGAUAUUCCUCCACCAGAGAUUAUCCCUAUCCCCGUGGAGUCUGCCAAGAAGUCCAAAAAACAGCCAGUGAAAGACAUGAAGGAGGUCAUCAGCUACCUGUACGAACCAGAAGGAAAUGCGUGCAGUUUGACCGACAGUACAGCAGAGGAGCAUGUUCUGGCCCUGGUGGAACAUUCUGCAGACGAAGCCCGCGAUCGGAUCAACCGAUACAUGCCUAGCUCCAAGAUGGGUUACUUGCGCAAAGAGGCAGACAGUUCUCUCGUGUACACUGUUGUAAAUCAGCUUGACCCUGAUGCAGAAGAAGAGGAGACCCAUGCUGUUGACCUUAGUUCUCUGUCAAAUAAGCUGCUGCCUGGACUGACAACCUUGGGUUUUAAAGAUGACAGGAGACAUAAGGUGACGUUCCUGAGCAGUGCCUACAACACCCAGAGCCUUCAGAAGAACUCCAUCUUUCCAGACCUGCUACCUGAUGAGAUGGACAUGCUGUAUUCAGCCUAUGGAGAUGACACGGGGGUACAGUGCGCUCUCAGCAUACAGGAGUUUGUCAAAGGCUGUGGAAGUGUCACCAAGCGUUUGGUCGGUGAGCUUCUAGAUAAGAUGACUGCAGGCGACCACAGCAAAGCCGUCAGCCAGAUCCAACAGAAAAGAAACAUGACACCAAAACCUGAUGAGGCCAAGACUAACAGUUUCGACAUGCAGAUGGCAGAUGGUCCUGGUCUAGGAGAAAGUGGUUCCGUGCUGGACUUCAUGUCAAUGAAAAACUAUCCUGAUAUGUCUCUGGAUAUAUCCAUGCUGAACUCAUUAGGUAAAACGGUGAAGAAAGAACCAGGGCACGAAGAGGGCCAGCAGCACUUUGACGAUGCAGACAAACUCCUGCAGGAGUUCCAGGAGGCUCAGGUGGACAGGGUUGGCUCCAGACCCUCCUCCAACCUGUCCUCCCUCUCCAAUGCCUCAGAGAGGGACCAGCACCACCUAGGGAGCCCGUCACACCUGGGUGUUGGUGACCAGUCUGAGAUGGUUCAUGAUCCCUACGAGUUCCUGCAGUCUCCAGAGCCCGGCUCCACCGCCAACAGCUGA